GAGUACAAUAUUUUUGGAUAGAAGGACGAACAGCUGAAGAAGUCAACAUGCCAAGCAUUUAAGCGGAAUUCUCCUCCCCUGGACAAAUAUUGCCCCGCCAGAGCGCAGAAGAUGGAGUCACGAAACAAACCAAUCGAUGGAACUGGAUUUCUCUCUGCACUAUCCAAAAUGUUUUUUUUGUUUUUAUUUUUUCAAAGCAUCACCUGCAAGACUCUGAAAUAUAAAGUGUACGAGGAGCAGAAUGUUGGCACUGUGAUAGCACGGUUAAAGGACGACGUUGCUGAAGUUCUUUCCAAAUUUCCAGAAACUUCUAGUUUUCAAUUUCAUGCAAUGCAGCGGGUAAGUGUACCAUUACUGAGAGUCCGAGAGGAAGAUGGAGAAAUCAGCAUUGCCAGCAAAAUUGACAGAGAAAAGCUAUGUGGAAAGAAUUUGAACUGUUCCAUUGCGUUUGAUGUGUUGACACUGCCCACGGAGUAUCUUCAGCUUUUCCAUGUAGAGGUGGAGGUGUUAGACAUCAAUGACAACUCUCCAUACUUCACUCGAGCCACUGUGCCCAUCGAGAUUUCAGAGAGCGUGUCGGUGGGGACACGGGUUCCGCUGGAUGGUGCUGUGGACACGGAUGUUGGGGAAAACUCUCUCUACACUUACUCUCUCACCCCUAAUAGCUUCUUUGAUAUCGAGGUCAGAACAAGGAUGGAUGGAGCCAAGUAUGCAGAGCUGGUGGUGAUGCAGGAGCUGGACCGGGAGAUGCAGUCCAGCUACCAACUGCAGCUCACAGCCUCAGACAAUGGUAUACCAUCCAAGUCUGGAUCCACUCUUCUCAAAAUAGACAUUUCUGACUCCAAUGACAACAGCCCAGCAUUUGAUGAACAGGUUUUUGUGGUUGAGUUGGCUGAAAACUCUCCAGUGGGCACUCUCAUUAUUGACCUUAAUGCCACUGACCCAGAUGAAGGAAGCAACGGUAAAAUUAUCUACGCUUUUAGUGCUCAUGUCUCGCCAAAAAUACUUCAAACGUUCAAAACAAAUCCAGAAACCGGACAUAUAACCCUUAUCAAAAAAAUGGACUAUGAAAACACAGCAACUUACGAACUGGAUGUCCAGGCCCAAGAUAUGGGUCCAAACUCUAUUCCAGGUCUUUGCAAAAUUCUGGUGAAGGUUGUAGAUGUCAAUGACAACGAACCACAGAUAAAAAUAAACCUUAUGACUCCAGGCAAAGAAGAGGUGGCAUAUAUUUCAGAAGGUGCACCUAUGGACACCUUCAUUGCUCUUGUACACGUUGAUGACAGUGACACUGGACUGAAUGGCGAGGUGCUGUGCAAACUGCAUGGUCAUGGACAUUUCAGGCUCCACAGGACUUAUGAGAAGAACUACAUGAUUUUAACUAAUGUCUCUUUAGACAGAGAAACCAGGUCUGAAUACAGCCUAACAGUCGUUGCAGAAGAUCAGGGUUCCCCAAGCCUUACAAGCGUCAAACAGUUCAUUGUGAAGGUGCUGGACGAAAAUGACAAUCCUCCUCAUUUCGAGAAGAGCCACUAUGAAGUCUUUAAGUCUGAGAACAACUCGCCUGGGGGAUACAUAAUGACAGUGGUUGCACGAGAUCCUGAUCUGGGAACCAACGGCCAGGUCACUUAUUCCAUCUUAGACACUCAAGUCCAUGGGAGUCCUAUCUCCACCUACGUCACAAUUGACCCCUCAAACGGGGCCAUCUAUGCCCUGCGCAGCUUUGACCACGAGGACGUGAGCCUCAUUAGGUUCAGUGUUCAGGCUCGGGACAGUGGAAAUCCAGUGCUGUCCGCAAACACAACCGUUCUGCUGACUGUGUUGGAUCAAAAUGACAAUCCACCUGCCAUACUGUCCCCAUCUCUUCAGAAUCACACAGCGGAACUUCUUGUUUGGAGGUAUGCAUCUCCUGGUCAGCUGAUUACCGCUCUGAUGGUCACAGACCGGGAUGCUGGUGCCAAUGGAGAGAUAUUUUGCACUGUUAUUAGUGGAGAUGAUGAUGGGCUUUUCAUGAUGGACCCCCAGCGAUGUGAAUUAAGAACAAAUGCAAGUUUGGAGCAGUUUCCAAGAGAUGUAAUGGAAAUAAUAGUUGAGGUGCGGGACAGAGGGAUAAGUCAUCUCUCAACCGAAGUAACACUGAGGCUCACUCUAAAGGAGAACAUGUACAUUCUUCCCCCACUGUAUCCCACAGGCAGCACCCAGUAUAUACUAGAUCUGUCACUUAUUCUUAUAAUUUCUUUGGGGUCUAUUUGUGCUUUGCUGCUCGUCGUCAUGGUUAUGUUUGCUACUGCCUGCUACAACUGUGAAAAGGACACACGGCACAACCACAACAGUUGUGUUGUGGAGAACGGCUACGAGGACCACCCCAAGAAGCCCACAAAGCAGCUCCAAAAGGCUGAUAUAACCCUGGUCUCAGCGCUUAAAGGGACUCUGCCAGCCCAUCAAGAUCCAUUUUCUGACAGCUCCCUAGGAAGGGGGCACAUCCACCUCAGCCAUCAGUCACCCAGCAUGGUUGCCACAUCAUCCAACACUGUGGCAGAUAACUUUGCUCUGGAGCUUUCCACACCACCUGUGGAGCAAGUCUCUCAGCUUCUGUCCAUGCUUCAUCAGGGCCAGUAUCAUCCACGUCCAAGCUUCCGUGGCAACAAAUACUCAAAGAGCUACAGGUAUGUCCUGAAUGAGAUGGACAAGUUCAGUCUGAAAGACAGUGGACGUGGGGACAGUGAGGCCGGGGACAGUGACGAUGAAGCUGGCACGGUGUCACCUAUGGAAAGACUGCUUGCACUGAGGUUGUGUACAGAAGAUUGUAGGGUCCUGGGACACUCCGACCAGUGUUGGAUGCCUCUUCUUGCAUUUCCGGAAGCUCACUGGCCAACAGACCAAUGGCAGGAAAAGCCCAGACAACUUUGCACAAACACCUCAGUCAACCAAAGCUUCUCCACUUUUGGGAAGGACGUGGAGGUGGAUGGUGAGAAUAGAGGAAUCGAUGGGGAUGGAAUUGAUGAUCCUGCAUCAUUGCUGACCUCUGCCUCCUCAGGGUCAGGAUUCUCUCGACCAAGUAAAUGAUAACCCAAAAGGGACUAGUCUCAGUGGGGAGUGGUUUCCAUUGACUGGAUCUUUAGUUCACAGAAGAGGCCAUUUACCAAGGAAACAAUGUGCAUCUGCUCACCAACAGGGGGUGUGGCCUUGGGCUGCGAACA